CCGGGGUGUGCCGGAGGGAAAGGGGCAGCAGGACCAUCUGAGAUGGUCUAGCAUUGGACCAUGUGGAAGUUUCUGAAACUGGGGAGUCUGAUGAUGGGCGGUGGGGCCUUUGGGGGGUAGAGGGAGCAAUAGAGUGUUUUCCCAGGCUCAUCCCGGCCCCUCCCUAUACUCUGGACUAAAAUGGGGAAUACACUGGGCCUUGCACCAAUGGGGACUUUUCCCCGCCGGAGUCCCCGCCGAGAGGAGCCUCUGCCCAACCCUGGGAGCUUCGAUGAGCUGCACCGACUAUGCAAAGAUGUAUUCCCAGCACAGAUGGAGGGAGUGAAGCUCAUUGUCAACAAGGUUCUGAGCAGCCAUUUCCAGGUGGCCCACACUGUGCACAUGAGUGCCCUGGCUUUGCCGGGUUAUCAUCUCCAUGCAGCCUAUGCAGGGGACUGGCAGCUUAGCCCCACUGAGGUGUUCCCUACUGUGGUUGGCGAUAUGGACAGCAGUGGCAGUCUCAACGCCCAGGUCCUGCUUCUGUUGGCAGAGCGGCUUCGAGCUAAGGCUGUCUUCCAGACACAGCAGGCCAAGUUCCUUACAUGGCAGUUUGAUGGCGAAUAUCGAGGAGAUGACUAUACAGCUACUCUGACCCUAGGAAAUCCUGACCUGAUUGGGGAAUCAGUGAUUAUGGUCGCUCACUUCCUGCAGAGCCUCACUCAUCGGCUGGUGCUGGGAGGGGAGCUAGUUUAUCACGAGGGGGCCAUCUUGACUCUGGCUGGAAAGUACUCUGCUGUACACUGGGUAGCUACAUUGAAUGUGGGAUCAGGAGGGGCCCAUGCAAGUUAUUACCACAAGGCAAAUGAACAGGUUCAAGUUGGAGUGGAAUUUGAGGCAAAUACAAGAUUACAAGACACAACCUUCUCUUUUGGUUACCAUCUGACUCUGCCCCAGGCCAACAUGGUAUUUAGAGGCUUGGUGGACAGUAAUUGGUGUGUGGGUGCUGUGCUGGAGAAGAAGAUGCCCCCGCUUCCUGUCACCCUAGCCCUCGGAGCUUUCCUCAAUCACUGGCGCAACAGAUUCCAUUGUGGCUUCAGCAUCACUGUGGGCUGAGGUUGUCCAAGAACCAGCCCCCCACAGCAGCUGGAACCUCUGAGUCAGGUGCCCUAGGGCCAGACACUAGGCCCCUCUCCAAAGCCCACUUUGCUGGGUGACCUUUAGGUCCCAGGCGCAGAGUGGGGUCAGAACUAUGUCCUCCUCGGAACUGGAGCUGCCUCAGGGUCAGCUGAUGAGGCGGUGGUUUGAGGCUCCCACUUCUGCCAGCUGCACUAUCAUCUUACACAUGUUCUUGUGGUUCUGGACUAAGAAGGAUGAAGGGGUGGGUAUGUCUGGCUGAAUUUCCUCCCUCACUUCCUUCUUUGUUUUCCAUGGAUUAAAGCUCCUAGCCCCUUCCUCCUUAGAGCAGAAAAGUCUGCAUGGGAUUAGCUACCCAUCCUAUUUUCUCAUCCCAGAGCCUACCAACGAUGAGAAAGUAGGGUUGAAGGGCUAAAUCUUUGGCCUUAGCAAGUGGGGCCCACCCAUUCCCAGAAGGAGUUUUACCUCUUAACCCUGAGGCUUCCUCCUUCCCCAUCUUCUGUGCUUCCAGAGAACAACUUUGUCCCCACAAACAUCCCCAACUCGCCCAUGACCGCAUGAGAGGCAGUUAUUGCUUUAGUCUUUCAUUACAAUCACUGAACUCCAUUCCUACUGGUCCCAAUAUCUGGUGCCAGCAACUUUUCCUUUCUAGUCCAGUGUGUCGCAGGUGGGCUGGGGAAGAGGCAAGUAUG